UUUAUUUUCGCUUUUAGGUAACUCAUUUUUCCAACUCGAACUCCUUCAACCUGAGUCAUAUACUCUGAAAGCGUCAAAUAUAACGGACUGAUUCUUCAGCGUUAAUUUUUCCUCCGUUUACUUUCUGCCAACUCCCUAACGGCUGCCGUAGCUGCCACCUGAGGUGGAAGCUCGGACUCGAACUCAGAGAUUCAGAAACUCGGAAUCUGACUCACCAUGGCAGCUAAAGAAGCUGAAGAAGAGAACAGAGCAUGGGAAGAUGUAAUUAGAAGAAUGCUACCGGUCGGAGCUCCGUUACCGGACGAGGAUCAUCUCGAUUACUCGAUCGCUAUUGAAUAUGAAGGUCCUCCUAUUCCUUAUGAUGUUCCUCGUGUUGAUCCACUCGAUCUCGAUUCCCUUUCUGCUUCUGAUAUAUCUUCUAUUCCUGUCGCUGCUUCAAUCCCUAGUAAACCUAAAUUCUCUAGUUUUAAAAAGAAUCGGUAUGCUGUUAGAAAUGGAAGUCCUUUAGAAAGUCAGAGACCCUCUUCAGCUUCAAGAUCUCAGAUUGAUUCUCGAAACGGGGAUUAUGAUUCUGAGAUCGAGGUUGAUAAGUCGCCGCCACCGCCGCCGCCGGAGCAGUCUCAGCAGCAGCACCCUGAUAAGAAGAAUGUUGUUGUGACGUUUAAUACGCCGAAAGAUUCGGAAACUGAUGAUGGUGAAGCAGAAGAAGAAGAUGAUGAUGAUGAUGGGUACACUUCUUCGCAAUCCAGCGUGGCGGGUCGUGGUGCUUUAUUGGAAAAUGUGGAAACGAGGGGGAUAGUGAAGCAGAAGAAGAGAGGGAUUUGUAGCAGGUGUGGGAAACGGAGUAGAUUGAAGGAAAGAGAGGCGUGUUUGGUUUGUGAUGCGAGGUAUUGUAACAACUGUUUGCUUAAGGCUAUGGGUUCAAUGCCUGAAGGAAGGAAGUGUGUGAGUUGCAUUAAAAAGCCUAUUGAUGAAGCUAAGAGGUCUAGACUUGGGAAGAGUUCCAGGCUAUUGAGGAAAGUUUGCAGUCCCUUAGAGGUUCAGCAAAUAAUGAAGGCUGAGAAGGAAUGCGCGGCCAAUCAAUUGAGGCCUGAGCAGUUGGUUGUGAAUGGGAGACAAUUGAAUCAUGAAGAAUUGGCUGAGCUUUUUGGGUGUCCAGUACCACCUCAGAAGUUGAAGCCUGGCAGGUAUUGGUAUGAUAAGGAUUCUGGAUUUUGGGGAAAGGAAGGGGAAAAGCCUGACAGUAUAAUUAGUUCCAAGUUGAAUAUUGGUAGUAAGCUGAAAAAGGAUGCUAGCAAUGGGAAUACAAGGGUUUUCAUCAAUGGCCGCGAAAUCACAAAGACUGAGCUUAGAGUGUUGAAGCUGGCAAAGGUACAAUGCCCCAGGGAUACUCAUUUCUGGGUAUACGAAGAUGGAUCUUAUGAGGAAGAAGGUCAAAAUAACAUCAAGGGCAAGAUAUGGGAAAAGGCUUUUACUCGUUUCUGUUGUUCAUUGUUUUCCCUGCCUGUACCUCCUACAAAUCCUCAUGGGCCACAAGAAGAUCCAACUACCUUUUCAGGGAGGUCAGUGCCUGAGUAUUUGGGGCAUGGAAGGGUACAGAAGUUGCUACUAUUUGGGUUGGAAGGAUCUGGAACCAGUACCAUCUUCAAGCAGGCAAAGUUUUUAUAUGGAAAUGGAUUCUCUCCAGAAGAGAUGGAGAACAUCAAGCAUAUGAUUCAAAGUAACAUGUACAAGUAUCUUAGUGUAUUACUUGAAGGACGAGAGAGAUUUGAAGAAGAAGCUUUAUCGGAGUUAAGAACUAACAAUUUGGAUGCUGAAAAGUCUGAUUCAGAUGAAACAGGAAUUGAUGGAAGUAACCAGUGUAUCUAUUCAAUUAACCCAAGGUUCAAGCAUUUUUCUGAUUGGUUAUUGGAUAUUGUGGCUAUGGGAGACUUUGAUAAAUUCUUUCCUGCCGCAACCCGGGAGUAUGCACGUACUGUAGACGAGCUCUGGAAGGAUCCUGCCAUUCAGGAAACAUGCAAGAGAAUCGAGGAACUCCAUCAUCUUCCAGAUGUUGCCAAAUACUUUCUGGAAAGGGCUGUUGAAAUAUCGAGCAAUGAGUACGAACCUUCAGAAAAGGAUAUAUUGUAUGCCGAGGGAGUUACUCAAAGUAAUGGUCUUGCCUCCCUUGAAUUCUCAUUUGAUGAUAGAAGCCCCAUGUCUGAAAUAUACGACAACAACUUCGAAUGCUCUCCUUCCUUGACCAAGUACCAACUAAUCCGAAUAAAUUCCAAGGGACUUCAUGACGGUUGCAAAUGGCUAGCAAUGUUUGAAGACGUAAGGGCAGUGAUCUUCUGUGUUGCUUUAACCGAUUACGACGAGAUGUGGUCCCGUGGUACAGGCCCCAUCUAUAACAAAAUGUUGGCGAGCAGAGAUAUGUUCGAGAAUCUGGUGAGACACCCAUCGUUUAAAGAAAUCCCUUUCGUGCUUUUGUUGACCAAAUACGAUGCCUUGGAGAACAAGAUAAACCGAACCCCUUUAUCCACCUGUGAAUGGUUCAAAGAUUUCAGCCCCUUAAGGCCACACCACAACCACCAUGCCCUGGCACAACAAGCAUACUAUUACGUAGCGGUGAAAUUCAAGGAACUAUAUUCAUCGAUAUGCGGCCAAAAACUGUUUGUUUGGCAAACUAAAGGCCGAGAACGCAGAUCAAUUGAUGAAGCAUUCAAAUAUAUAAGGGAAGUACUGAAAUGGGACGAAGAGAAAAACGAGAACAUGUACGAAAUCCAUGGGGACGAUUCGUUUUACAGUACAGAAAUGAGUUCAUCUCCUUAUAUAAGGCAAGAAUAAUUGCAGAUUUGAUUUAUUUAAAAGAUUCAAUAUCUGUAUAGUUUAUUUGUUUGGACAUGGAAUAAUUAGGAUGCAAAAUCCUAUUACCAUGUAUAUGAAUUAUAAUUUUUUACUAAACAACUUUGGAAGGGAUAAUAUAAUUUUUGGCCCCUGAA